CGAAAAAUGAGCUGACUAUUCCACAGAUCUUGCGACGAGAAUGUACAGCGGAGGUGAGAGAGAACACUAGAAACACGGCAUAGGUGCGUGAGUUGAUAGAUCUGCUCAUCGGCUGUGACUCGUGUGCCUUGUGUUUCCCUGCUGCGUAUGUCCGUGUUUGUAUGUGUGUGUGUGCAGGUGAGGAGGUGUCUGCAGUGGUGCUGGACAUCGGCUGCCAGAGCAUCCGAUGCGGAUACGCAGGAGAAGAAAACCCCAAAUUCGUCCAACCAGUGGUAGGUUUUGACUACACACACGCUCGGCCGCCUGACUCUCUGGGUGCAUGCAUGGCGUCGAUCAUAUCAGUCCGUGGGUGUGCCCGAGGCGAAUGACGCCGAGAAGGUCUACCCCGUCAACUUCUUCGCCAAGCGGGACCACAUGGCCGUCCGACCCGCAUGCACAUACGCCUACAGCGGGGAGGCCAGGGCGCCGCCCCCCGCCGCAGACGCCAAUGGCGACCAGCAGCCGGCAGAGGACGUCAGGAUCUGCAGGGGCAGGUCGCAGAUCAACGGUGAGUAAGGUCAUACAGACAGAGGGAGGGAGGGAGGGAGGAGGGGAAUCGCGUGUGUGGCUGCAGUUGACGAGGAUAUGCUGGCAACGAUUCUGUAUCACCUCGAGAGCCCUAGAGGUGAGUGAGGCAACAGAGGCUGCUGCCGCCUAAUGCUGUGUGAGGACGUGACAUGUUGGUUGGACUGGACGGUUCUUUUUUUCUGUGCAGGUCUGAGCAUCAACUGGAAAGAGACCCCCGUGCUCGUAACGGAGCCAACACGACACUCAAAGUGAGCCAGCCGGGUGGACUCACAGUCGAGUCGAGUCGCCCCGCCCUGCUCUCGACACGUAUGCACCUGCGUGUCUGUCCGCAUUGCAAUGCAUCGCAGGCCAUACCGGGAGAAGAUCACACAGAUCCUAUUUGAGACAUUCCAAGUGAGUCCUCCCAUGCAGUCAGUACUGACAGUACAGUACAGUGCAACACCGACAGCCACACACGGGCAGGCCACGGGCACACACCGCCUUGCUGCAGGUCAACGCCUGCUACGUCGCCAAAUCCGCUGUCCUCGCCACGUACGCAGACACACACACACACACGCAACGCAACGCCGCGCCAUUCCUGACUGACACACUGAUCCGAAUGCCAUUCCUGACACAGUGAUCUGGCAAAUGUGAUGUGAUCCGUUUCUGUGUCUGUCUGUCUGUCUGUCUUCAGCUAUGCCAGCGGGAGGACGACCGCUCUCACCCUUGGUACGUACGCUAUGUCGAGCAGAUGUGUGUGGCGGUCGGUGUGUAUUGAUUGUAUGUUGGUUGUCAUAUGUGUGUUUCUGACUGCAGACAUCGGGGCGAACCACUCGACGGCUGUGGCCGUCACGGACGGAUUCGCUAACCAGAAGAGUAACUAACUAUUUGUAUGGACAUGGAACGGACUGAUGGGAUGGAUGACGCCAGCCCACACUGUGUGUUGGCUGGGCAUGUAUGUGUGUGUCGGUCAGCUGUGCAGGAGUACCCUGUUGGCGGCAACCUUCUGGAAGACGAGCUCGCCAAGAUACUCACACAGAAGUAAGUAUAUGAAGGAACGAGUCGGCCAUCCUGCCCAACACACACACACACACAGAGAGCAGGGAAUGGAUCAUUCAUUACACACAUACAUAUAUAUGGUGUGUGUGUCGGUCUCACUCGCCCAGGCGCAAGUCGGUGCAUCCCCAGUUCGCGUACAAGAAGACUGUGACUGACGGGAGCGAGAAGUACGACAAGCAGGACAUCAGCAAGGUCCAUGAGUCCUACAGGGAUCUCGCAAUCAGAGAGGUAGGUAGCAAGGUGGGUGGGUCACCCACAGCCGCCACGUACACAUAUCUCUCUCCCUCUCUGUGUGCAGCAACUGCGGCGGGUGAAGGAGCAGCAGUGCCGCGUGGCGGACGACGACAAACUUGUGGACAGGUGGGUGGGCCAUACAAUACACGCACCCACACACACACGUGCCGUUAUCAUGUGUGUGUGUCUGCACUCAUUGCCUUCAUCCUUGCAGUGUCACGGGUCUGCCGGGUGCGCCUUUCGUGCUGCCGGACGGCACAGAAAUUGAGACCGGUGGCCAGCCACAUAGUUGGAUGAGAUGGCUGCGACGGUCGACAGACCUGUAUGUGUAUGUGUAUGUGCUGUCAGAUCCCUUCCAGUAUCGGCUGCCCGAGAGGCUCCUGCGACCUGAGCUCUUUUCAGAAGUAUGCGUUGCGUAGUGCACAGCACCAAUCAUCAUGUGCACACGCUGUGUGACUGUCUGUCUGUCUGUGUGCAGCAGGAGGAGAUCUACGGCUUUCCCGGUCUCCCGCGGAUGCUCGUCGGUCAGCCACCUGCAAGCACACCACCCAGCAACAUCCAGGAGAGCUGAUGGAUGUCUGUCUGUCUCUCCUGGAUUCCGCGAUCGGUCGAUUAGAUGUGCUCCACUGCGCUCCAUUGGAGACACGCAAGUGAGCCAGGCAGGCAGGCAGCCCUCCCUCCAUGAUUCCUUGGUCUUGUUGUGAUCGCAUCCCCUCCAGGGAGCUGCUGAAUGCCAUCGUCGUCACGGGAGGCGGCUCGUGCUUUCAGGGUGGGGACGGAACACACACACACACACACACACACGUGCACCGCACCGGCUGGCUGGCUGGCUGGCUGGCAUGCAUCGUGUGCUGUGCGUCCGUGUCUGUCUGUCUGUCUGUCUGUCUGUGUAGGUCUGCCUGAGCGGAUGGAGAAGAUGAUGCUCCACAACGACUACAUGGGACCGGUAGGUGGGCCAAUUGAUCAAUGCGCACACACACUGACUAGUGAGUGUCAUUUCACGGUGUGGUUCAGAAUCUUCGGUUCAAAGUGAUUGCCUCUCCGCAGCCGAACGAGCGCAAAUUCUCGACGUGGUGAGUGUAGUGGAGGCAGGACACACAGAGCAUCAGACGAGCUAAUCGGCCCAGACUCGUUGUGUCCAUCCGUCCGUCCGUCCGUCCGUCGAUCUCUCUCUCUCUCUCUCUCUCUCAGGAUUGGCGGGUCCAUUCUGGCCAGCCUCGGGAGCUUCCAGCAGCUGUGGAUAUCCAAACACGUACGCAUACACAGAGAGACGGCCGACACAAAUGCGUUUGGUCGUUCGUUCAUCCCCUAUACAACAUUCAAACACAUAUAACGAAUGUGUGUCUUGUGUGUGUCUGGUGUGCGUUGCGUGUGUGUCUAAUUAGGAGUGGGAUGAGGGGCGGGGCGCCACUGUUGAGAGGAAGUGUGCCUAGCCUAGCUCGACAAUGAAUCAAGAUUGGAGUCGAGUCGAGUCGAGUCCGGAUUUUUGUUGAUGUCUGUUGGGCGAUGGAUAUACAGUGCACUCAUGGAGACCAGACCAGGCUUCUCUGCAGGUGCAGACGUCACACUUCCUCACUCAAUGGCACCAGACAGUACAGAAACAAGCAACCGCAUCCCACACACACAUAGCUGAGCUCGUUCCUCUCUACAUACCAGCCUCUUGCGCACACAGACAACCAUAACGC